AUGCGUACACAGCAGCUUCUCACUCUCGGUGGCCUCGUGCUUGCCGGCAAUGUGGCCAUCGCAGCCAAGCUGGAACACGAUGACGUUCCUAACCGUUGCUGGGCUGUCUGCGGUCCCGUCGUGGGAACCUCGGAGCGGUGUGAUCACCAGCACGACAAUGACUCGGCUGAGCUGAAGUGCAUCUGCGACUGGAGCUCGGCGAAGACCCAAAUUCCCCUCUGUGCAGUUUGCAUCACCCAGCAUGGAAACAACGACAACGACAACGACAACGACAACGACAAUGACAAUGACAAUGAUCACAACAACGACAACGAUAAUGACCGUGAUGGUGAUGGUGAUGGUGAUGACAACGAGGCCCUUGAUAUCGUGCGCUCUUGCAACUUCAGCACGACUACAUACAACGCGGCUGCUGCCACAACAAUGAGUGCCACUGCUACCGCAACCGACUCGACUUUCCACGCUGCGACCACAUCUGGUGGCUCCGGCAGUGACUCUACUAGUUCCAGUGGCUCGAUUAGCUCCGAUUCAACUCAAACGGGAAGCUCUGUUUCGUCUACCCCGACCCUCGACGCUGCUGCAGGUGUAUCCGUUCCUGGAGCUGCUGCUCUCGCUAUCGCUGGUCUGAUGCCCCUGGCUUGGCUGUAA